CGUUCGUCAAAAUUUUGUUUACAAAGUAGGUAUUAAUGGCUUUAGAAAAUCAAUUUGACUAAUGACAGAAUGUAGAUAUUUAAUCGAUGUAUAGCCUUUAUUGGUACUUUACACCCAGUGUUAGUUUCUGCAGAGACAGUGUAUAGUUUGGACUGUCUCGUUUGCUCCCGGUUUUAGAAAAACGCUUCGACAUGGCCGUAUUAAAAAUUACUUUGCUUCUACUUUUGGUCCUUUUCUCCUAUGUUUCGGCAGAUGACACUCCAGAUUCUCUUUCGGCUGCAGUCAAUGAACUUACAACCACAGAGGCACCCAGUAUACUCGGAAGCAUCACAUCUGUCAUUAUCGACUGGAUUUCCAGAAUCAUACAAUACCUGUUCGAGCUCUUUGAUCUUAAGAUGCGCACAAUCAGAUUCCUUGCUUCACUCUACACCGAUGACAAUUUGCAACUGCUGAAGAAAUACAUGAACAUUGGACUCAGAUUCGGAACAUGGUUGUAUGGUAUCAUUCCAGAAUCCACAGCUGAAGGUGGUUCAAGAUUGCUGUCUCUGAUCUUCCCCUCUGAAAGUCAACCUGAAGAGCCCACUACAACAGUUGCUUCAACCACUGAAGACACGCUUUUUACCUACCAGGCUGCAAGUGCUCGCGAAAAUGAAAUAGAUUUGGAUCAAGACAUGAAAGAUCGGCUACUUACUUUAGACAGAUUGAUCAACUCUAGAAGAGAAGACUACGUGAGAAGGCGAUAAAAUAUCUGGAAUGAUAUAUUGGUACCCUAGUUUUAGUAAUUUUGAAUAAAAAACUCUUAUUUA